AUGAGAUAAGGUGGAAUUUAUACUAAAACGAAUACUCCACCGGCAUCACAUGACUACGAUAGACUACUUGUAGCAAUCGUUCAAUUUGUCUCUCCUUUGACAAUGCAUCCAAAAGCAGGCGUAUAGUCCAUCGAUCUGUGCUAGAUUUGCAAUGGAUCCAAACCCUAAGAAGUUUCCAAUCCUGUCUUACGUAAUGGCCAAAAUCCCCAGUGUCAGCCGGUCUCAGUCACCGGAGUUCGACAUUGAGCAACCACCGCCGACGGUUCCUUCCACAUCCGAACUGGAACCUUACUUCGAACUCACUGAACGCAUGCCUCACUUAAGCGAUCCUGAACUUCUUGCUUCCAUGCGUGCAGCUGUCGACGAUGUAUCUCGGACACGAUCUGUACUAAAAACCCUAGGCGAGUGUCCCGAUCAUGAAUUUGUUGAUAUCGCUAGGUCGCGGCUGGCGGAGAUCGAAGAAAGCUUGGCGAAUCAACUUGAAGAGGUAACUCUAUCCGAUAAAGAUGAGGUGGAGGUUGACAAGCGGAAGAAGGAGGAAGAGAGGGAGAAACAGUCGUUCAAGGCCGUUAUCUCGUUGUAUGAGAUGCAUCAAUCGUAUGAGAAGAUGUUGAGUGAGGCGGAAAAGAGGCUUGAGAAGCUUUAUGAGGAAGCUAAGAAGGGAGGAAAAUCGGUCGCGGUUGAUGACCAAGGGUGUUCUAGUGAAUUUCCAACCGUCGAGGACGAUGUUAAGGAUGAAGUUGUUGCCAUUCUGAAUGAUGCGUUAGCAAAUGAUCUUAAAAGGAUCGAUCUAUCGGAGAGGCGGUUGCCGUUUCUUCCUGAAGCCUUUGGGAAGCUUCGUAUGUUGGUUUCUCUUAAGAUAUCCUCGAAUCAACUUCAGGCCAUUCCUGAUUCAAUUGCUGGACUUGAGAAUCUUGAGGAGCUUAACGCUUCUUCCAAUCUUUUGGAAUCAUUACCAGAUUCCAUUGGCUUAUUGCUGAAAUUGAAGACUUUAGACGUCUCUAGCAACAAGCUCACGUCCUUGCCUGAUAGCAUCUGUCACUGCAGGUCACUGGUAGAACUGGAUGUCAGCUUCAAUAAGCUAACAUAUCUACCCACCAACAUCGGGUACGAACUUGAGAAUCUAAAGCGACUUUCAGUCCCUUUAAACAAGCUGCGGUCACUUCCUACAUCAAUUGGCGAAAUGACAUCUCUUCAAUUCCUAGAUGCCCAUUUCAAUGAACUCAGAAACCUGCCACCAUCAAUCGGGAGGCUUUCAAACCUUGAGAUUCUGAAUCUCAGUGGUAACUUCAGUGACCUCACAUCACUCCCCUACACAAUCGGCGAUCUAACAAGCCUCAAAGAACUCGAUGUCAGUAACAACCAGAUCCAUGAACUGCCUGCCACAUUUGGUCGCCUUGAGAAUCUUAUAAAACUUAAUGUGGAUGAAAACCCGUUGGUGAUUCCUCCUAAGGAAAUAGUGAAUGAAGGGAUUGAAGCUGUGAAGGAGUUUAUGGCUAAGAGGUUGCUUGAGAUUUUACUAGAAGAAGAGGAGAAAAGUAAGUACCCCGAGAAUGAUCAAACACAGGGUGGUGGUGGUUGGUUGAGUCGUAGCACCUUGUGGCUGACCAAUGCUGUUGGUGGAUAUUUGGGAGGACGCAUUGAAGACUAUACCUAUGCCAUUGAUGAAGACGUUUGGAGAUCUGUGAAGAAUGGUCCUUACAUGGGUGAAAUUGCAUCUCAUAUUGGUAAAGAUGAAGAAGAAGAUAAUGAAUAUGAGAAAGCACUAACCUCUGUUAACAAGAAGAAGAUUGAAAAUGAUUGA